CGCUCAGAGCCCUGGCUCAUUUACACAGGAGCGCGCAGCGGCUCCGAUGUGUUCUUGGGCUGAAGCCAGCGGGAGCGCUCAAGACGCUAAUUGGCCACUUGGCGCUAAGAUACCGCGAAGACGGAGCAUUCCCUCUUCCAAUGCCAUGCCGCUUGCCACUACGAACGCCUUCGGGGCCGCAAGUGUCACAGGGUUCGUGUAUGGCUCCAAGCCAUAGCAGCGCUGACCCGCAACUUAACCUUAACACUACUGCUGUCCCUCCCACGCCCGCCAACGUCCUCUCCACACCGGCAUCCCGACAUGAGCACCACUUCACGCCAGCGCCGAGGACCACCAGCUCGCACCACCCCGGAUAGCGCGCCCAUCCCGAUACACACCUGACGACAUGACGGCGCGAACCCUCAACAAUGUCGUCAACGAUCAGACGGUCGCACUCAAUGCUCUGAUCUACGGCUACGGCGGCCAUUCGCUCGUUACCCCGCAGUAUGCCCUGCAGCAGAUAUGGUGGACCGAGGAGCGCAUUGACGAGAAAGUGAACGAGGACUAUGUGAAUUCACGGCUGCAGCCCAAGGAGCGCGAGUGGCUGAGCAGACCCGUGGGCUUUGGGGAUCUUACCGACGACACCUACCUGGAAUGGAUCCUGGAGAAGGCGCGCCGCUUGUUCCUGAUAUUAGUCGAGAUCGGCGAGGCGGAUCGGAUAUUCGCUGUCGUCGAAAAGAGCUGGGAUGACGACGACCUGCCCCUGUCCAUGGAUGACAUCGAGCAGCUCGCGUUGGCCAACAGGCGAGACGACCAGGCCAAUGUCCGUUUUUAUCAGACGCAGUUCUCCUUCUUGCUCCGAGUGCUGGGCCCAGGGUCGCAUAUUGAUUAUGCCUCGAACGAGCAGAUACCACUGGAAUUCGUCAUGGGACUGCCACCCGCCGUUGCCCUGCAACCAUGGUCGCGGGUGCACUUGCCGAAAAAGCCCCACGAAGUAUUAGUCAGAAGGAAGUUUGCACUGGGCAAUGCAGAGUCUACUUUUGCGUUCGAAGAGGACUACAUCAUGGACGUCGAGAGCGCGCAGAUGGUCGAGCACGAGCACAUUGCCCCGAUUUGGGCAUCCUACACCGCAAAAGGGUUCGGUUAUACUCUAACCAAUUUCGUGGGCCAACAUACGCUGAAAACUUUCAUCGACCACCGGGAACCCCCACAGUAUAAGAGACUGUCCAAACCCGAGAGGCGACAGCUGGUCCUCAACUGGAUGCUCUGUCUAACAGAUGCUGUCGCGACGUUACACCGAAAUGGCUACUGCCAUUCCGCUAUCCGCCCCUCGAACAUCAUCAUAGACGAGCACAACCAUAUAGCAUUCAGCGAUAUUGCGAGCUUGUCUACGUUCACAAGGGACAAGAAGCCAGAUCCCAUGGAUGCGUACAUAUAUGGGGCGGCAGAGACCCAAAAUGCAAACGAAUCGAUCGAGCCCGAUACCCCUGCGCCUCCGCCCAUCGUUGGUACGCGGCGGAAACCUUCGAUCGCGAGCAAGAGCUCCUCGGGCUCAUCGACCAGUAGCGGUUCGCGCCAGAAGUUGACAAAGUCUCCAACCCAAAAUGAGUUCUCCGGAUUCAAUUUCGGCUUCAGAAGAAUGUCUAAGCAGCCAGUACAGCGGCAGAGGUCUCGGGUACACGAAACUGAGCAAGCAGACGUGUACUCUCUCGGUUGCGUGUUUGUUGAGAUGGUGACCUUCUUACUCAAGAAAAAGCCGAAUGACUUUGUCAAGCACAGGUCUACCAAGCAGAAGGAGAAGGUGAACGUGACUGGUGGAAAGAACUCGCGGACAGACUCUUCGUACCAUGCCAACAUGGACAAGAUCGAGUCGUGGAUGAAGAUCCUAGAAGACUCGGCGUCAGCAUUUGAACAUGAGGAGUUUGUAGCGAUACCGCAUAUCCUGAUUCUUGUCCGGACUAUGCUGAGCAGAAAUGCGCACAUGCGCCCAAGCGCGAGGGAAGUCCGGUCACAACUUACCGACAUACUUCUCGAAUAUACUACCAUGGACGACAUACACUGCGGAUCGCACAAACAGGAUAUCGCCCCUGCAGCAUCUGCGCGAUCGGGUUCAGAUGGAGGAUGGACAAAUUCGAAUCGUGCAUCAUCGAUCUCGGGCUCGUCCAUCUCGUCAAGAUCCUCCGAUGCGGAUACUAUUCGAGAGUCAUCAUCCUCAUCGCGCAUGUCGUCCAUACUCAAUUCCUACUCCGAUCGGUCAACGCUUUCGGGAAUCUCUGAGACGGAUGAUGACGAGACGUGGUCAACUUUUUCCUCGUCUUCAAAUACGACCUCAAAGAGGCCGGUGCCGCCUCCUGUGAUAACGGGAUACGAAACGUCGCCGCCUCUGUCUCCUCGCUUUUCCUCACCGCCUUUAUCCCCUCUUUCGCCGCUUGCGCCGGUCUCGCCGCGAUCAUUCAUCACACCAAUAACACCGGACUCAGACCGAUCUCCAAGCCCGUCGAGCGGAGUUGUGCAACCAAGUAGAUGGCGCAAGCCCCGUAACCUACUCGCGUAACGUGGUGCUGCCAGUAUUUGGGGUAGCUUACUUUCGAAUCCUGGUGGGCGGAAUGAAUGGGUCAUACUCCAAGCGGCAUGCCAUCCGUCAUCUGGCUCCGACGAGCGGCCCAUCAUGGGAGCUAAACACCGACUUGAACGGAAAACAGCGCAGCACCACUCGCGGAGACUCAGACACUGUUUGUCCCGAGACCUACGGGCAACUGGAAGAGGAAGGUUCCAUUCAAAGCGCAGAGUUAUGCCGUCCAACGUCUACAGCGUCCAAACGCGUGGCACCGCGGAAGCGGUCAACGGAUACGCACAGGCUGAGACAACUAUGCGAAGAAGUUUCGAAGCGUUCUGCAAUGCAGCGCACAAGUUCGCGCAUGUUUGUACCGCGCUCCCGAAGCGCGCACUACAGCAGUACCAACUUAUGAUUUGUGAUUCUAGCUGGAGGAAUAUGGAAUGACGUACGAUAAUCUAAUGUAACUUCUGAUCUACCCGG